AUGGCUUAUGCGACAGGAUGUGAUAUGAGGGUGUCUCACCUGGCCUAUGCGGAUGAUGUGGUCAUUUUCCUGAAUGGGUCUCUGGACUGUGUGAGGAGGGAGAUGGAAUUCUUGGACAGGUACGAGGCCCAGUCAGGACAGGCGAUCAAUGCAGAGAAGAGCUCCUUCUUCCCUUCGAGAUGCAUAUCAGACAGGAGGAGGCAGCAGAUAGCAGCGGUUACAGGCUUUGGUUUGGGGGAGAGGCCUAUGCUUUACUUAGGGGUUCCAAUCAUCUCAGGGAACAAGAGGACAGUCCACUUUGCGCCAUUGCUGGCGAAGAUUCAGAGGAAGUUUCAGGGUUGGAACCUCUCACGCCUUUCACAUGGGGGUCGCCUGAUGCUGAUCCAGAGUGUGCUGAGUUCUCUAUCUCGUCAGGUGAUCCAGCCUCCUUUGGAGGUCCUGAGGAAGCUGGAGGGGGGGUUUGCAUCUUUUUUCUGGAGCUCAGUGGGACAUGAUAGGAAGGUGCAUUGGGUGGCUUGGAGGGACAUCUGCAGGCCGAAGCAGGAGGGUGGGCUGGGGAUCAGACGGCUAUCAGAGGUGGGGGUGGCCUUAUCCAUGAAGUUGUGGUUCAGAUUCAGAGAGCAGUGCACACAAUGGGCCAGAUUUCUGAGGAGAUCUUAUUGUGGGACGGUGGACCCAGGUGUGGUGACUACGAGGAGCAAUGCUUCCCCCAGUUGGCGCAGGAUGAUUCAGACGGGCUGUGGCGGAGGGCAGUUGGGUGGAUUAUUGGGCGGGGUCACCUCGCUUUGGCAUGACGGUGGAUGGAGAGGGACCGUUGUCGGAGUGGUGUACAGUCAGGGGCCUCGGAUGUCGAGUGGACCGGUUUUAGCAGAUGGCGGUGGAGUCGGGAGAUACUUGAGAGGGUGCCUCGCCGGUGGCGGAGGAGGUGGCAGAGGUUCGGUGAGGCAGGGAGGAGGAUGUUAUCUUGUGGCGACCCACGUGAUGGGAGAUUUACUCAGUGCACAGGAGGCCUCUGAGACUGCGCACGGGAGGAGGAUGUGA